AAUCUAUAAAUACCCAUCAAAGAAAUCAAAUCUAUAAAUACUGCUGUUUGGUUUGCAAUAACUUCAUAUCCACCUUCUGUGAAAAUCACACAAGAGUGAAAAUAGCAGGCGAGCCCUGAUAAUCCCCACCUACCCUCGAUCGGAAUCUUCAUCUGCAGAUUAAAUCAAUUAAGAGUGGUAGCACGAUGGCAUCAAAGAGAAUUCAAAAGGAAUUGAAAGACCUCGAAAGAGAUCCACCCACUUCCUGCAGUGCUGGUCCUGUAGCUGAGGAUAUGUUUCAUUGGCAAGCCACCAUAAUGGGACCAUCAGACAGCCCUUUUGCUGGUGGUGUGUUUCUCAUCACCAUUCACUUCCCACCAGAUUACCCUUUCAAGCCACCAAAGGUUGCUUUCAAAACCAAAGUUUUCCAUCCAAACAUCAAUAGCAACGGGAGUAUCUGCCUAGACAUUCUCAAGGAACAGUGGAGUCCAGCCCUUACUGUGUCCAAGGUGCUGUUGUCCAUUUGCUCACUGCUUACUGAUCCAAAUCCUGACGAUCCUUUGGUUCCUGAGAUUGCGCACAUGUACAAGAGUGACAGAGCCAAGUACGAGACGACUGCCAGAUCCUGGACCCAGAAAUAUGCUAUGGGAUGAAAUAAUAUCAAUCCGCCAAGUCUAAUGUCCAAUGUCCUAUCCAGUAAAUAAAAAAUAACUAGAAAAGGGAUGGGAAAAGUAUCACCUCUAUGUUAAGAACUUCGUUUUAUCUUUCUCCAUCUUCAUGCCUUGUUAUCUUUUUCUUAAGUUAGUUUUAGCAGUGGUAUAUAUAUCUGGUGGGGCGGGGUGUAGACAAUGACUUUAUUUAUCCUAUAAAUGUUCUCGAACCUUUCAGAUCUC